GUACUUGUGGCUGCUAUCUUAAGACGAGUAGCGCGGGCCGCAGCUGCCACUGCUCUCUGACCGGGCCCAUUGCAGGAAGCAGCAGCGGCAGCCCCGCGGUGCAGCAGCAUGGAGCUUCGGGGGGCCUACCUGCUCCUCUGCCUCUUAUCCCUCCUGCCCCAGGACAUGGCCGAGCCACCAAUCCCCAAGGCCAAGAAGGCAGCAAAUGACAAGAAAGAUGUCGUGAGCCCGAAGAUGUUUGAGGAGCUCAAACGCCAGCUGGACAGCCUUGCCCAGGAGGUGGCCCUGCUGAAGGAGCAGCAGGCCCUGCAGACAAUCUGCCUGAAGGGCACCAAGGUGCACAUGAAGUGCUUCUUGGCCUUUGCCCAGGCCAAGACCUUCCACGAGGCGAGCGAGGAUUGCAUCUCGCACGGGGGCACCCUGGGCACCCCGCAGACGGGCUCCGAGAACGACGCCCUCUACGAGUACCUUGUCCAGAGCGUGGGCGCCGAGGCCGAGAUCUGGUUGGGCCUCAACGACAUGGCGGCUGAGGGCGCCUGGGUGGACAUGACCGGCAGCCCCAUUGCCUACAAGAACUGGGAGACCGAGAUCACGGCACAGCCGGACGGCGGCAAGGCCGAGAACUGCGCCGUCCUGUCGGCCGUGGCCGCCGGCAAGUGGUUCGACAAGCGCUGCCGCGACAAACUGCCCUACAUCUGCCAGUUCGGGAUCGUGUAG